GUGGAAGCUUUCAGUUGAGAGUGGGAGUGAUUGAGUUUGUGGAGCAAGCUACCUCCAUAAAUUUGUACAUUAACGGAGUCGCUGCUGCAUGAGUCGCAUCCGGUAAGCCGCAGCCCUUUUAGAACUCUCUUGGCCUUCUUCGAGUCUAGGUGCAGAGGGGGGCCACACAUCGAGACAAAUGACGGCGACUGCUUUUGUUUCGAGGGCAAAAGUGUGCAUAUAAUUCCAAGCUGCGUCCACAUUUCCUUGAACACCGCAAAAUUGUUGAAAACGCGUCGGGACGAACUGUGAACUCGCCCGAAGAAUCGUGUUUUUUGCUGGCGGUGGCGUCGACUAGAAACCGGAUUCCUCAGUGCCGCUUUUGUGUCCUGAUAUCGCCUGAGAGACCCCGUUAAGCAAACGCCAUUUACCCGGUACGGAGGUAUCGGUUUACUGCUCUUCUGGUACGAGAAAUUGUGCACCCAUAGAAGCAAGAAGUUCUGCGUAGUUGCGAGGUAACCUUUUGCUGUGCCUCAAAUGGGCGAGUCGGCGUCUGGUCACUUUUGACGAAACAUCCGCGGCCGACUUUUCGCAGCUGCAUGCGACGCAGCGUCUAAAAGCUGCUAGACGCCGGCAAAAGCUGGAUAAAGAUACCUUUGUCACUUCAUUUCCUCCAAUUUGUUGGCAGAGAUUUCUUCAAGCGCUGAUUCGCGCGAUUCGCAUUCAGGGCGGGCUUUGCCCGGGUAGACCGACCCUUGUCCCCGGAGUUUCUUUGCGUAGAUUUAAGAGAAACACUGGUGAAGAUCUAGCUCUUUCUACAAUGUACUCAAGUCAACCGAGCACCCGACUUCAGGUUCUCAUGGACUGGCGCGCGUCGAAAUUCGUACAUUUUGCCAGAAAGAGACGCUUUCCGUCUCCCUUUUCUAAAGCACGUUUCUCUACGCUGCAGGAACUCAACAGAUCGCUGUGUCGUUCCCGUCAAACGUUCUUCAACCUGCAGGGCGACUGCUAAACGCUGCGUUCCGCCGAAGCGGGCAAAUCACCUUCAGUACGCAGGUCAAUUCGACAUGCAUAUCUCUGUUGUAACGAACAAAUGUCUCCAAAGAAGGAGUCUCUCAACUCGCGGUGGAGAACUUCUGGACGCUGUUGGCAACCAAGAGAGGGCAGCUAAAGAGCGAAAAAAGUGGACAGCUGGACGCUGUGAAGCGGCAGACACCCCCAGGCACGAACGGUUCGUUCCCCUGAGAAUGUUCGUCGGCAACUGCCGGAGCUACAUUAGACGUUUUUGAAUUGCGAAGUCGCUUCUACUAGGUUUUUUCGAGGGCAGGUCUUCCCGUAAACAGCCGCUCUGCUUCGCUGAGCGCGUUUCUGUUUCUCGCCAGAGAUAUCUGGAUUUGUAACGCAACUCGUUGAAACUCCUAGAAACACUCUUCUUUUCUUGGCGACUGUAUGCUCAGCACCUUGUCUUUCACACUGACAUUUAUGCGUGGGGUGUACAUCCAGCGCAAGUGCCACUGAAGGCGCGCGACGGGACCGGCUCUCUCGCGGCACUCCAACCUGCAACGGCGAACCUUUUCAGAAACUCUUCUUUCUCAGUGGUCUCGCGCCGGCGAACAGUCCAGCAUGCAGACAAGUUUCCCUGGCUUGGAAAAUGAAGGCAUAUGCGUCGAGGCCGACUUGGUCAACGGGGAGACUCCGAAACGUCAGAUUACUCAACAGCAGGCAGCUCAGACGUUCUGUCUUUCACUGCAGUCGCUCCGGGAUGCAGUUUCUCAAGGACUCUUGACGGUGGAAGAGCGGCCAAAUCCACACGGUGCGACUUUCAGACCCAUGCGCCUGUACCGCGUAGAGGAGGUGCAGCAGCUCGCUUGGCGCGUCUGGGGAGGACCGGCGCAACUCGAAGAAGAACGCGGAAGACGGAGAGAGCAGCGGUGGCAGAUCCGACAGAAACGGCUGCUCGGCUCUGUCAUUGCGCCUGAGGAUGCCUCGCGGCGCGGAGCACCGGCGGCCCUGCAGCGGCCGACUUCUGGAGGAGCGCUGGAGACGCGGAAAGGAGCCUCAAAGGCGCAGGUUGCAAGACGCCGAAGACGCGCGUCGACAGCGAGAAACAACGACCGCGCAGGCGCCAGCGGAGCCAGAGAGACGCGUGGUGAAGCGGCACCGGGUCGAGCGAUAUCGGGAGAAGCCGAGACUCCCGGAACUUGCGCGACUCCUCCACGAAGCGACGAGUUGCAGUGGGAAGUCAUUUGAAGCUCACGUCGGAAAGAAAAAGAGUUCCAACUCGCGAUUGCGGUUCUUCUCCGGCGCCUUCUCGACGUCAACGCCUCCUCUUUAGCCUGUCAUUGCUUCCACUGCUUUGUCCGUGCGCGGCUCGCCUCCGGUGUUCGUCUGUCGUUUUCUCUCUCUUCGAUUUUCCUCGCGUUUCCUCUUCCUUGCUGUGAAGGCUCUGCCAAAACAUGUCCAGCUGGUGUCUUGACAGUGCGUGUCGAGGGAAGCUGGCAGCAGGCGGCACCGCGGUGCGCUGAAGACUCCAAGAACGCCCUGCUUCGCUUUGCGGCCAUCCCUACUCACGGCUGUGCGACGGUUUGUGUGAAUCCUACGAGGGUGUAACCACGAAGACACACUCUGAAGGCUUUUGCUAACAGUCGCCUUCCCUGCGGCGCAACGAAACGGGGACGCGCCUCUUCAGUCCUCUCGCUUGCGCGUCUCGUCGCCCGCUGCGUCCUCUUCGUCUUCGAGAAAGUCGUGUAUCGGGAAUUUCAGGAUUGCCGCGACACCCGACAGCAUGUUGAGUUCUGAGACAGAGCGCACAGGAACGCCACGGAAAAGUCUCUUCUGCUUUCUUUCACCGCCCAACGAAGGCACCUUCAGUCUGCCGCCUCAACAGACACACAGACACCUGACGCGGCGUCCGUACACCCGACAGUUUUUCACAUACGAGAGACAUGCAGACCGGAGACCUUCUUACCGAGGCAGAAACAUCCACCUCACACACAGCCACUUGCCCUGUGUAGUUUCGCCCCGUUUUUCUUUUUUUCUGUCGCUCCUUACGUUCUCCACUGGUGUGUUGGUCGGAGAAAGUGAGAACUUCCCCGCCAGUGCGUUCGACCUCUUCGACGAGUCGGAGGAAGCGCCGUCGCUCUGCGGUGUCGCUGGACCUGAAGAAGCCGCCCGAAUCAAUCUUUGAAAUGG